AUGGCAGACGACUUCAGCCAGUCCCUCACCCCACCAGUUUCCCCCUUUGCAUCAGACAGCUUGUGUGAACUGACACCAGCCCAACCACCGUAUUUCUGCUGCUCUGAAACAAAGGAUGAUCCAGCUGGAGCACUAUCAGCAGAGUCAUACACUGCUAGAGGCUCCCUGAAACGGUUGCUGUUGCGUCUUGAUCCGGCCCCUGCAGAGUAUGAGACAGACACAGUGGAGCUCUUUGGCUUUCCGUGGGUAACAGAGACGGCACUGGUGGAAUCUACAAAGCUUCUCUUUGGUCUAUUCAGACAAAAGAUUUACAGGCUGGAGACCUUAGUACAGUCCGGCUCACAUGACUUUGGUCAGGCAGGCAACCUCCACUAUGAAGCAGAGGAGCUCAGGCAACAGUGCGUUUCCUUUCUUCAGUAUGUGAAAGUCUUCCUGCACAGAUACCUCAAAGCUUCCAGCACUCUGGAUGCAGAUCCAUCACACCCCUAUGAGGAGUUGGAGGGUCAGCUCCCCUCUGCUCUUCUGGAGGAGCUGUUUGGCAUCACUCUCCUCACAGGACGACUCAAAGACCUUCCUGCCAACAUUCAGAGUGCCUUCACUAUACAGAACCAGGGAAAGAUUUUUCCUCCUUCUUGGCAUUUGUUACAUCUUCAUCUUGACACUCACUGGUCCGUCUUGGAGAUCCUUCACCUGCUCGGCCACAAGAUGCAAGGCCAGGUGGUGUACGCCCACCAGUUUGUGAACCUGACGGGAGAGAACCUGACUGAUGCCAGUCUGUUUGAAGAGCACCUGUGCAGUCUGCUGUGUGACCUUACUGGUUUGGCCAUAGGCAAAUACAGCAAGGUGAGGCCUACAGAGGCUCUCAGCAGCCAUCAUUACCUUUGCUCCUGCACCAAAGAGCUGUGGAUCCUAAUAAUGCACCUCCUAGACUACAGGAAUAAAGUGUUGCACACACAGUCUUUCUGGAGCUAUAUGAACUUGUUGUUGAGGCCUCUGGUUUCAGGGAAGCCUGCAGCAGAGCAGUUCAGCGGCCUCCCUAAACACUGCAAGGACCCUCUGGGAUUCACAUGGUGGCUGGUCACUCAGUUAGCAAUGUUAGGACAGUACAGCCGUAAUGGCACAAUCCAGAAUGAGAAACAUCUGGAGGAUAACUGGACUUUUGUGGAAGAGCUGCUCAAGUUAACUUGUAACCCCAAGGGAGGUGUAGCAGAGGAGCAGGUCAGGACGCACGUGCACUGCUGUCUCAGUCUGUGUCUGCUGUGGGAGCCCAGCACCACCGCCGUCUCCAUCCUCUGGGACUACUACAGCAGGAAUCUGAGCGCCUCAUUCACAGUGCCCUGGCUCGGGGUGUCUGGCCUGGGCACUUUGUGCAAGACGCCCCUGGCUCUGUUGGAGCAGGCCCGCAGCUGCUGCUCCCCCUCUCCCCUCUACUCUCCCGGACACACCCAGCUCUACCGCUCAGCCAACUCCUUCCACAUCUUCCUGCGAGUGCUGGCCCUGUGCCUCGGCCAGGACAAGGCUGGUGGAGUCCCACAGAGACAGAUCAAAGGAAGGAUUUACUCAAAGUUCUCCACGAAGAAGAUGCAGGAAAUGUCAGAGGCAGGCCUCAUGAACUUCCUGCUGCUGUUUCUGGUGGUGGCAAGGCAGAUGGAGCUGGAGGAUGUGGCCAGCAGAGCCUGUGAGCUGCUGGGCUUCUUGCCCUCUAACUGCCCCCCUGGACACCGCACCCUGAUCUGGAGGGGACAACUCUCAAUGCUGUUGUUAUUCCAGGAGAGGGGUCUGGAUGUUGGUGCCCAGGCUACCUGGCUGGCCUCCUCCUUUAAUGAGACAGCCAAGGAGUUCUACAAUAAGACCACGGAGGUCUCUCGCAGACUUGCCCUCUGGGGACCCCUUGGCUCAUACCUGGAGGGUGUGGCUGAGGUGUUCGAGAUGAGCACCAGUCUCACCCUAUCAGAGGAAAAGCUGCUCAACGAAGGGUUUGAUUGGUUGAUGCCUGCUUGCCGCCAAUCAGAACUGAAUUCCACCCUGGGCUUCCUGCAGAUCGUCCUCAGCCAGCUCAGACGGGUCCAUCAGCGCGGUGUCCAGUCAGCACCCUCCUCGGCCUGGGCGCCUGCCCCCAGUAUGGUGAAAGAGCGCCACCUAGCGGUCGCGGCAGCACUCUGGGCACACUUCUUCCCCUUUCUCCGCAGCCUACGCCUCUCUCAGACCCCUCCAGCACAGCUGGCAGAUGCUGCUGCAGGCUUCACCCUGCUGGCCUUUGAUCUGCCCAGCUCUGCCCCCCAGGACCUUCAGCCAAGCCCAGUCCAGUCCAUCCUGCAGUGCUUCGGCUGGGACGACAUGGUUCACCCACUUCUGGUGACUCGCUACCUUCCCCAUCUGCUCCAGAACAGUGAGCUGGUGUCCUCACUAAGCAACGAUUCCAGCGGCGGCGUGUCGGGUUCGGCACAGAGUCUGUCAGUGAGGGCCUGGUUCAGGUGUGUUCUACAGCAGCACCUUCACAAGAACCCUGAUGGAUCUGAUAGCAGAACAGGCCGGGCCGCGGAGGAGCAGUUGUGCGAACUGACUCGGUUGGUGCUGAGGCUGCCUGAGGUGGACAGUCUUCUGCAGAGAGCUGGCCUCCAGCCCACAGCUGCCAGGACGGAUCCCAUGUCAGCCCUGGAGAUGUUUGUCAAGGCUGUCGGCAGUGUGUACAGUGGACUGCAGGUUUUGUCUGAGCGUUCAGCCAUGGUGACCAAAGCUCUGGACUAUAUUGGUGACAUCCUGAAACACAUUAAACCCUCUUUAGUCAGCAAGAACCAAGAGGGAAUGCAGCUGGCGUAUCGAGCUAUUGGCUGCAUAGUGAAGCACUGGAGCCCCCUGCUGGCCACUUCUAAAGCCCAGCAGCUGCUGUUCCGCAUUGUGGACGGGCUGCUGCUUCCACACAACUACACACAACAGGACAAAGCUCUCAGAGACAGCCUGCCACUCUAUCUACAGGGUCUGUCGGUGGCUUCCAGUGUGUCUCAGUCUCAGGGUGUUUACCUGAAGCAGCAGCUCCGCUCUGUUACCCGCAGAUAUCUGGACCAUUUCCUUCCUGCCUCACCUUCCAUGGGCAUCAUUGCCAACCACCCAGUGCUACUGGCUGCCUGUGAGGCGAACCCCACCACCCGGGGUGCAACACUGAGAAGAACCAUCCUGGAGGUGCUCUGUGAGAGCUUCCUGCAGUUCAAAGGUUACUCCCCUCCUCCUCGCCUUGCGUCAGUCCUCAUGUUCCUGUUAGAGCUCCUGAGGCGUAGCGGCGACUCAGACCCCACCCUGCUCACUCUGCCACUACCCGCUCUGCUGCGCUGUGUGAUGCUGGUCAAUGAGCCGCAGGUGAGGAAGACAAGCACAGAUGCCUUACAGCUUGUGGUGGAGCGUUGUGCUGCUGCAUCGACAGAGGGACCGUGCAACCAGAUGAUCACUGUCUUACAGUCAUUCGUGGAGGAGAAUGAGGGAGUCUACGACAGGCAGGUUUUCAGCGUCCUGGAGACAGUGGCCGUUUUAGAUCCCUCUGUGGUCCAAGCUCUCAUUCCCAACCUGUCUCUCAGCCUGAGAAACACUGAACACAAGAGAGGACUGGGAAAGAACACCGCCUUAAGGAGUGCAUAUAAGAAGUUGCUGUGCCUCCUUGGGGAGAGUGGGCAGGCAGAAAUAACCAGUCUGGAAGCAGACUAAUAACUUUUCUUUUUUAAAAAGGACCUGACACCAGUUCCAACAACCUCUCAUACCAACCUUCUUUUUUUUUUUUUUUUGGCCAAAUUUCCCAAUUUGGUGUGGUGCUGCUUUCAAGGUUAUCUUACAAAAUAUGAAACUUUAAUGCAUUUCAUUAACAUUGAUAAUGCUAAAACCUCAACGCCAUGCUGAACUUUGAAAGUUCUUAAUGAAUAAACCCUAUCAUGGACUA